UCUAUAUUCUUCGUAUUGUCGACAUGUUUUGGAUUUUGCAAAGGACUCGAUUUUCGAACGCUGCUGCGUUGCUCAAUAACUUCAAUUCUAAUAGUGUCGACAAUCGACCUUUUCGUAAAAACUACCACAAACUAAACAGUGACGAAAAAUCUUCGACAUAUGAAGAAGAAGAAAUCGUCAAUCAUGGAUCGUCGUUUAAAAAUAACAACAUCGUGGAAAAUUCUACCAGUACCGAUACCGAUUUCACUGAUAACGAAAUAGAUAAUAAAGAUAACGAUUUUACAGAUGAUUCAGAUUUCGAAGAAGCUCUUACUUGCAAUGUAUGUGACAGAAUGUUCGCCUGUCCAAAACAAUUAUCGUCACACAAACAGAAGAAAAGACACUUUGGGUGUUCAGCUUGCGAUAAUAUUUUUCCGUCGCUGAUGUCUUUAGAACACCACAAAGAUGAAUUUGAACAUUGGUCGGAUGAAGAAGACUAUUUAACUGAUAGCGAAGAAGAAGACGAAUCAGUUAGUGAGGAAUGCGAAAGGCUUAUUUAAAUUAAAUAUACAAAGGGCCAGCUAUCAAAGUACAUAACAUCUAAUUAUUUCAAUAUAAAAUCUACAUAUCUUCUAUUAUUUUCAUAAAAUAGUUGAAAAGUCAUUGCUUUCUUCGUUAUUUAGCUAAAUAGAAACUUAUAAUAAUGGGACCUAGUAAUUUGAAUCAAAUCAUAAUCGUAUUUUAUAGCGUGUUGAAGUUUGGAACCAAAAACUAAAUAUGCUGUAAAUAAUACAUGUUUUAUGAAAUAAAAAAAUAUUUUUUCAAUAUUUUGGAUUAACGCCUAUUUUAAAUAUUAAUAAUUAUAUAUUUAAGCUAAAAUAGUUAAUAAUCUAAAAGUAUAAGAGGUUAGAAUUAGAAAUGGCGAUUCUUUCCAAAAACGAUCGAUUUUUAUAUCGAUUCGAAUCGUAACCAGACGAGUAAAUCCAUAUAAAAAUCGUGGUCUAAAAGAUCGAUUUCUAAAACAUCGAUUAUGUAUUUGUAAUGUAAAUAUAAAUUUUAAACAAUCUUUGGUAUAAUAUAUAUAAUAUAAUAAUCAGGUAUAAAAGAAGACAUGUAUUAAAUAGAUAAUUUAGCUUAACCUAACCAAAAUGUUUGAAAAUAACAGUCUGUCAAGUCUACUGGGAUCUAAGCGGCUCCGGUCAUAACUCCGAUAUUGCCAGCAAUUGAAAAAUAAGCAACAAAUGAUCCCAGGUGCACAACUGCCUGUGAUAAAUAAUUCUUAAGGCAUAUAUAUAAACAAAUUAAUAAAUUACAAGACAAUACAAUGACGCAAUAUCAAUCUACAAAGUCUUUGUUGUUAUUAUUUUUACGGCCUUGGUGUUGCAUCAUAAUCAACGUUUACAAACUUUAAUUGAAGAGAAGCGCUGAAGAUUAAGCACACAGCCAUCUCGCGAGUUUUUGAGUAACUAUCUUUCAACCGGCAACGCCGUAAUAUUACGAGUACAUUAAACUAAUUGUAAAUAUUUUUUUACCAAAACAGAAAAAAUCGAAUGUCGAUUUUCAAGGGUGAAAUAUCGAUUCAGUACAACAUAUCGAUUUAUUUGUUUGGAGGAAUAAAUUCUUCGAUUAAUCGAUUCCAGAUCGCCAUCUCUAGUUAGAAUUCCUCUCAAUUGAAAAUAAAUUUAAAUCCUUUCAGUAGAAUUGUAAUCAUAAGCUGAAUAAAUAAUUUUUAACUGAAAUAAAUAUA